UGCAAUGCUUCAAAAUUUCAUUAUCGUCUUUACUCACAAUACAAUGCAAAAUGGUUUUCAGUUUGAUACUACCCUUUCCCACCCCCUUCUCUUUUUCUCUCUCUCUGUUCCGCGCUACUUAUCGCACGAUCAUUAUUACCCAUAUCCGUCCAUUAACCUAUCCAAUUCUUGUUCUUUCUUCCUGUUUUCUUUUCAUGGAAAAGCACACAUCCAAUAAAAGAUACAACGCGGGUGAUGCUAGUAGAGAGAUUAAUAGACAGAUAAACAAGUAGGUAGAAAAGUAAGCAGUAAGGAGAGUAAAGUAACUAGUAAGCAAAGAUAGACACAAUUCCUAGUGUUCAUAGAUGCAAAAUGUAGUAAAGUAGGUAAAGGACUCCGUAGUAAGUAGUUAGAAACUUUGA